AGCUGAGAGUCAGAGGGUUUAUUUAACUCGUCGCUCUGUCCUCCCCCACUUUCCCAACGCGCCACCAACAAGGUUGCCUUCCUUCUGCGGCGGGACCACGGCUUGGAAAUCGCGGGGACUAACGUGAAACCAUUUUCACACCCAAAAUAACCGUUCGACUACAUUAGCAAGACUAGUCUAAAAUAAUACAUUUUUGGACCGUUUUUUAAAAGCAUUUUAGUUUCACUAACUACUGCUUUACAACUUUUUGAAUAAAUGCGUGAAUAAAUGCGUAUUUAUUUGUAACUGCAUUGGAACAGUACUUCGACUUUGACUGCGUAAUUGGAGCAAAAAGAAUGGAACGGAUUCCAAGCGCGCAGCCACCUCCUCUGUCCAAACACCAGGCUGAUGUGUCAGACGUGCAGGGGAUGGAUUUCCCGAUGUAUGUUUAUAAACCCAGGCGAGGAAUGAAGAGAGGAGAGGAGAGCAAGGAAACCUACAAGCUGCCUCACAGACUUAUUGAGAAGAAAAGGCGUGACCGGAUAAAUGAGUGCAUCGCUCAGUUGAAAGAUUUAUUACCAGAGCACCUGAAACUCACGACUCUGGGCCAUCUGGAGAAGGCUGUGGUUUUAGAGCUUACACUCAAGCACGUGAAAGCCCUCACCUCUCUUCUAGAGCAACAGCAGCAGAAGAUCCUCGCUCUGCAGAACGGCAUGCAAAUUGAGCAGCCUCCUGUCAGCCAGGAGAAGUCAGAGGAGAUGUUCCGCUCUGGCUUCCACAUGUGUGCCAAGGAGAUUCUUCAGUAUCUCGCCAAUCAUGAGACUGAUGGAGACUUUGCGCCAUCCCAUGUGAUCAAUCACCUUCACAAGUUAGCUUCAGAGGUGUUGCAAAGUCCGGUCCGACCCCGCACCCCUCUCAGCCCUCGACCCCAGGAAAUCCCUACCUACCACCAGCACCAAACUCACAAGGAGAUUCCCACCAGCUUACCUCCUAAACCCAGCGAGGGCUACGGGAGGAACUGUGUGCCUGUCAUCCAGCGGGCGUACGCUCCCCCGAGCAGCGAGCAGAGUGGCAGUGAUACGGAUACAGACAGCGGCUAUGGGGGAGAGCUGGAGAAGACUGAGCCUGGGGCGCCACAGGGACGUCCAGAUUACUACGGCCAGGAGAGCCAGCUGAAGCGAGCGCUGGGUGAGAGGCAGAGCUCCAGCAUCAAGCAGGAGGAUGACGAGCAGUUCCACAAACGACCCCGGGUGGAGUCGUCUGAGGAUGAGCUGCUCUCAGGUGGAGAAUCAUCAUCGUCCUCUAGCGGUUAUGGGAGUUACAUGAGCGUAUCCCCCAACCAUCCGCCUCCGCCACAUCCCCUCUGCAUGCCUUUCUACCUCAUUCCACAUUCUGCUGCCGCCUACCUGCCAAUGCUAGAGAAAUGCUGGUACCCCGGGGCCGUGCCCAUGCUCUACCCUGGUGUGGGAGGCUCUUCAUCCACCAUGCCCAGCGAAAGACCGCCUCCACCUCAGCUAGUGUUGUCUCCCAGGGGAGGCUCUCCUGCCCCAGCCAUAUCUCAGACCCCCAUGGACUCCCCUGCCCUCCUUCAGGCGCUGAAGCAGGUACCACCCCUCAACCUGGAAACCAAAGACUGAGAGAUAAGAGAACAGGGGGGAGGAGAUUAUCCUGUUCUAGUGCCCAGGAGCAGAGACAGUAGUAGGAAUGAGAACAAGACUGAGCCUUUCCAUAGUCCAUCCUCAUACCUGUUCUCUGUUUCUCAGCCUGGAGGUCAAAUAGCAAACAAGAGAACUUGUAGAAAUGAUCAAGAAGAGAUGGAGGGGAAAGCAACAUCCAUCCGCACUCAGAGGAUGCAAAGCUCUGGCUGAAUGUUUAAAGCUCAGUGUUUUACUCAGUGCAUAUGUAUCAUAAACUGGGCCUGGGCCACACACACACACACACACACACACACACACACACAC